AUUAAACACUUUCUUUAUCUCUCUUUAGUGUUUUCCCCUUCUGAGUCUAUCCUUGAAGCCAUGAUUAUGCUUAACGUCUUGUUUUAUCUACUCUGUUUCCUCUGUUUUCCUCUGAUUGUGUCUUCAGAUUGUGAGCAAGAAACCAAAUUCAAUGACCAUCAUAAAGCACUCAAGUACAAACUAGCAGCAAUUUCAUCAAUCUUGAUAGCAAGUGCAGUUGGGGUUUCUCUCCCAAUCUUGGCCAAGAAAAUCAAGACUUUACAUCCCGAGAGCGAUAUAUUCUUCCUAAUCAAGACUUUCGCUGCUGGAGUGAUUCUCGCAACUGGGUUUGUUCACAUACAACCAGAUGCUGUAGAUGCCUUCACAAACCCUCGUAUUGGUCAACCUCCCUGGGGAGAUUUCCCUCUCAGUGGCUUCAUCGCCAUGGUUUCUUCAAUGGCAACGAUGAUGAUAGACGCGUUUGCGACAAGUUAUUACAAGAGAUUACAUUUUAAUGGCAAGGUUAAUGGAGAUGAGGAGAUGCAAGGAGAGCAUGAGGGGCAUGUUCAUGUCCACACACAUGCCACACAUGGUCAUGCCCAUGGUUCUGCUUUGGUAUCAGAGAAUUCAGAGUCUGUUGAUCAUUUAAGGCAUCGUGUUGUUUCUCAGGUUUUGGAAUUGGGAAUAGUUGUUCACUCAGUAAUUAUUGGGAUCUCAUUGGGUGCUUCUGGUAGUGCAAAAACAAUCAAAGCCCUUGUAGCAGCAUUGACCUUCCAUCAAUUUUUUGAAGGGAUGGGUCUUGGUGGCUGUAUUGCCCAGGCCAAAUUCAAGUCAAGAGCCAUUGCAGUAAUGGUAUUGUUUUUCUCUGUCACAACCCCAAUUGGGAUAGCAAUUGGGAUAGGAAUAUCAAAGACAUACAAUGAAAAUAGUCCUGCAGCACUCAUUGUGGAGGGGACAUUCAACUCUGCUUCUGCAGGGAUUUUGAUUUACAUGGCACUUGUUGAUCUACUUGCAGCAGAUUUGAUGAACCCUAGAUUGCAAUCCAAUUUCAAGUUGCUUCUUGGAGCCUGCAUUUCACUUCUUUUCGGUUCAGGUUGUAUGUCCCUUUUUGCUAAAUGGGCAUAGUAACCCAGGGUCGAAUCAGAUUUUAGACAAAUGAGAGCAAAAAAAUCUUAUGAGGUUCGAGGACAGCGCUUUCUAAUUUUUUUAGACUAUUUACAGAAAAUCAUAACAAAAAAUGUUCGUUAUAUAUAGUCGUUCUAGAAAGAUGAAAAGUUAACACUAGACAAAUCAAUAUCUCACUAAGAUAAUUGUUCUUUGACUUCCUUGAUGUACUAAUUCCCAAUAUAAUUCAAAAGGCGUGAUACAAUUUUGCA